AAGAAGUUGAGUGGCGUCACCUUAUCUUCUCUACAUCGUGGAUUUUUGUUUAUAAUUUUUUGUAACACAGGUAACUAGAGUAGGUACUAGAGUUGUUAGUAGGACAACUUACUAUAGUAUCUCUGUGUUCCAUUAUCCAUACUCCAUAUUGUGGAGUUUAAUUGUGUCUCAUUAUCUUAAUUUGUUGGAAAACGAAUAGGGAUGAAACUAUUAAGUAAUAUUCCACUUAUUUUAAACGUAGUGUGUUAUUUUCUAAUAACAAGUAAGAGAUUAUUUUGAUUUUUUAUAACAACUUUAUAGAAGGUAAAAUAAAAAUUAAAUUAAUAAAAUAUGGAUUCUACUGAAAAUGAAAAUGCAAGCGAUGACUUAGAAAGAAAAUAUAGAACUAUUUGGAUAGGCAAUUUACAUCCAAAAGUAACCGAGAAUAUUAUAGCUGAACUUUUCUUUCAGAUGGGUCCGGUUGAAUGUGUACAAUAUGGAUAUGAUCAAUAUGACAGGCGUGAGAACUUUGCUUGGGUAACAUUUAGGAAUGAAAGUUCUGUUGAUGAUAGUAUGCAAAUACUUGAAGGUACUAAACUAUUUGGUUUAACCAUCAAAAUGAAAAACUAUUUGGAAAAUUCUGGAGAACAAAUGUUUGAUGAAAAUUUAGAUUAUUUCAAACAGUUAAAUGAUAUUGAGCUUGAUAAUCAUUCUUCACAUACUUUCAGUAAUAAAAAAAAUACUUUUAAUUUUGAAGAGAGUGUGGGUAUUCCAGAUAGUUUACCUCUACCACCUGUCAAUGAACGUCACAAAUAUAACCACGACAAUCAUUUCAAUUUAAUGACCGAACAAGGUACACAUGAUUCUAUUUCAAAUUACCAAGAACUAUAUAGCAAUAAUUAUGUAUCGCGAUCUAGAGGUGAAUAUAAUACUUCAACAGACAAUCCAUACGCUAACCGGAAUCGUAAUCAACGGUCAGAAGAUAAUAAUACUUCUCGUUCACUUGAAAUGACUAAUGAUAAUUGUAAAAAAAGAGAAUAUCAUAAUAGAAGAAAUUUAAAUAAACAACAAGAUUAUUGUAAAAAUAAGUCUUCUAAUUGGGAUAAUAAUUCAUUUCACAAUGAAGAAUUACCUACAAGUACUAACAGUUCAGACAAAAAUAUGAAAUCUAUGUGUGAUUUAAGAGAUACAUUGCAGCGUAAAUAUAGUUUGAUGGAUUCUGAAAAUCCCAAUGAUUAUAAAGCAGCUUGUGCAUCUACAAAUGAUUUUGGAGAUAAAGAUCAAAAUAUUGGCAAUGAAUCAAAUGUAUAUAAUCAAUGGCCUAAACGAUAUAAUAGAAAUGCAACAGAACAUAGUUAUGGUAAUUAUAUUGAAAGAGGUUCGCGUAACUGUAAAUUAAUGCCAGAACACUAUAAUGAACGCAAUAUGAAAACUCAGGAUCAUUUUGAAAAUCAAGAACAUUGUGAUAGAAAUUCAAGUAAAGACACACUACAUAAAGGUUUUCAAGAAUUUAACGAGUAUACAAACAGUUAUGAUGAGAGGUAUAAUCAAGGAAUGAGUAGGCCAAAUAAUCAUAAGUAUAACCUUAUAAGAUCUUCUCACAAUUUGGAUUCUAAUAAUCGUCCAUAUAAUAAUUAUAACCAUCCAUACAAACGAAAUAAUGGUAAUCGAGAAAGGAAAGGGUUUAAAGAAGCAAAUGAUGACUACAGUGGUAAUAGUAAAGGAAGGGGCUACAAUAACAGAGCUAGUGAGUUUAAUAAUAAAUCUCGACAAAAUUACUAAUCUUAAAUUACAUGACUGUUGCAUACACCAGAAAAUAUUUUAAUUUUGUAUUAAUUUGAUUGAUAAUACAAAUUAUAUAAAUCAAUAAAAUAAUUUUGAACCUAAAUAUUUAAGUAUAUUAUUUAUAGUCCUAAUGAUUUAUUAUUUUUUACCCUAAAAUCUUAUAUUUUAAUUUAAAUAAUUUACUUAAUAAACACUUUUUCAU